GAUAAUUUAUCAAUGUGUUAAAUUCCAUCAGUUUGUUGUUAAUUAUAUAUUAUAAAACAGUUCAAUAAUGGAUGAUUUUCUUUGCGGAUUCCCUCCACCGCCUCCAUUCUAUAAGAACUACUCACUCAAGUGUCCAGACCCGGACGCAUCACUGGAUGCUAAGUUAGAUUCGAUAAAGGACCAGAUUAAAGAAGCGGAAGGUCUAGUUUUUGACUAUUCGAAACUUACAUGUUUCGAGGGUCCUAAACCACCUAGUCCACCCACAGAAUCCUGGUCUUCCUUCGGUAAUAUACAUAAGUUUCAAGAAGAAGAACGCACACUGGAUUCUGAAACUCUCAUACCUCCUAAUCCUGGCACUACUGACCUUCGGGAACACUUUAAAUUUCUAUACUCCCAGUUUAUGGACUCACUACUAACAUAUCUUGAUCUCAUAAAGAAUAUGAAUAAUGACUCGAUAUCCGAGAUUAAGAAAUUCAUGAAGAUAUAUGUAAACUUGCAACACAUUCUAACGUCUUUAUGGAAAAGGCACAGUGAGGAUGAAGUUGUAGAAAUGCUAAAGGAACAACUUAAACGGAGAAGGAAGUACGUGGAUAGCAUGAAAAUAGUACUGUCUCAAGCUUCAAACCUGGUCAAAAAAGUAACAUAAACAUGUAAUAAAUGUAAAUCACAAAACGCAGUAUAAAGAUUAUUUUAAGUUAAAUGUCUUUAACUCUUGUAAUGUUUUCAAAUCCUA